UUCAGUCUCUGUUCUCCUCACAUCUCUGUUGUCGUCUCAUCUGGACAGUAAAGGACGUUUACUCCACACACUGACAACAUGCUGGUGACCCUCUGCACUCUCAUCACUGCUCUAACAUAUGUUGAUGCAGUAACAGUCCUGACUCAGACGCCUGCUGUCCACACAGUUUCUGCAGGACAAGAGGUUGUUCUCACCUGUAAAAUGGACAGAUUCGAGUCAUAUGUUGUCAGCUGGUAUAAACAGGUUCCUGGUGAAGCUCCUCAGUUUGUUCUGUACUUUUUUCAUAGUCACAGUUCACCCACCUAUGGAACAGGAUUUUCCUCUGAUCGAUUUAACUCUAAAUCUUUAUCAAAUAUGGAGUACCAAUUGAUCAUUAAACGUGCAGAGUUUCAGGAGUUCGGACCAGGCACCAAGCUGACUGUGACAAGCUCCAGCGUCCCUCCUCCUGUCCUGACAGUCUUCCCUCCGUCCGCUGCUGAGCUCCAGUCCAACAAAGCCACUCUGGUCUGUCUGUCCAGUCAGUCUGUGGCUUUUGCACAUGUGACCUGGUUGUCUGCUGGGAGUCCGCUGAGCACUGGGAUCUCUACCAGCACCGCUGUUCAGCAACCAGACCAGACUUUCCAAAUCAGCAGCUACCUGUCCAUCCAGACGUCAGACUGGAACACAGAUCAGGUUUACAAAUGUAAAGUGUCUGUGGGCUCCCACACUUCAGAGAAACACAUCAACAAGUCAGCGUGUCCCACUGAGCAACAGUAGAGGACCAGAAGCACCAUCUGAAACCUGCUUGUGCACUGUUUGAGCUGUGUGGUCUGAACAAGGUUUAGAUGAUACACAACAUGUGUCUGCAUGCUUACAAUCAAUGUUGGAACAGUUAGAUGGAGAUACUGGAUCAGCUUUGCAAUCGCUACAUUUUCAAUCCAAUAAAAUCUUUGUGAUCAAA